GAGUUGGAUUUGUGCGGUAACGUUUCCUUCAGCAGUGAAGCAGCUUUAGAGCUACAGCUAGUCAGCCCUGGGUCUCCGAUGAGCAAACACUAUUAUCUAAGGAGUAUCAUGGAAUAAACAUGGCCCACAAUCGCAGCUUUUUCUUUGAAGGCCUGGAUAGAUCAGAGACCAGACGAGAUGGAGGGUUCAAGCACAACUGGACCUUUUCUCUUUCUGGUGACAGUGAAGAGGAAAGGAGUCAUGAUGAGAGCGUGAUGAGCACGGAGGAGAUGGACCGGCAGCAGCCCACCUCCCCCGAGGAGAAAAAGUCUCCCACUCUUAGGCACUUCACUUCCUCUGAUCCUUUGAGAACGUAUGAAAACCGGCCAAAUAAUCACAUGAGGCCGCUGAACAAGCUGCCGCCCAAAAGGCUCAGCGAGGUCCCUCUCACCGUAGCAACGUCCUCGCCCAUGCCCAACAGAAACAACUAUUUGAUCAUCAGCCGCCCCGCACCUUCACCAGGGAUCGUUUUACAAGGGCGACACUUUCAGCACGCACAAAUGCCCUCCGCAAUAAGGAAACCAGUCCAAAGCAGCCUUGAUUUGAAGGAAAGAAACGACUUCUCCGCCUCGCAGCAAGCUGUAGAAGUGGACAGCAUCGUCCUCACGUGUCCAGAGAUCUCAGACCAGGACACCCUGAACAUAAACAUAAAGCGUCGCUCUGUCCAGCAGAAGAGGAAGCCGUUGGAGGACUGCUACACUUUCCCUUCGCAGGUCAAAGCAGCCGAGCAGCCUCUGAGGCCGACCGUCUACCAUUCGGUGUGCUUGACGUGCAGCAAGCCGAGCGAGGAUGUCAGCAAGUGUCAAAGCUGCGGGAGCGGCGCGGCGCUGCUGCCCUGUCGCCAGCAGGCCACGCUGUCGUCCCUGACCCCGCGGCCCCCCAUCCGGUCCCAGCCCUCCCCCGGGCCAAACGGCCUGCCACAGAACUUCUACAAACCGGCGACGACCAUGAGGGGGCCGCGCGGGGAGACUCUGCCCGUACGGAUCACGAACAUCAGGGGGAGCGUGCUGCCUCUGAGCAACGGCCGGCCGCCUCUGUUAGCCGGGACGUCGGGCUGCUGCGGAGCCAGGAACACGCCCAAAGGGAAGAGGGCCGCGGCGCAGCAGCACGAGCUCAACGACCCCAUCGUCCUGUCCAGCGACGAGGAGGAGGAGGAGGCGGACAACGCAAGCACGGGAAGUGUCAACAGACUGGACAGCGUUUCCCCCCGGCCUGCCGACUCGGCCCACUCCUCGCCGGCGCCCUCUGGUGGCCGAGUGGAGGCGGCGGUGAAGAGCGCCGGCGGCGAGCCGGAGGAGCUGAACUCGGGAUUCUUCGAAGACGUCAACAUGAAGAUCACGAUACCACGGAGAGCCCGCAUGAAGGAUCAGUUUGGAAAUCAGCCCCCUGAGCAGUUUUCACCGCGGACAAAGAAGCCCAAAUUCGCACCCAACAAGUGUGGCAGCAUCAUACUGGAGUGUCGGAGCGUGAGGGUGGGAACUCUACGCAGGAUGGUGACCAAGCCCGUUGUCUUUUCCAUCGACCACGUCCAGCUGGAAACUGAAGGGGCGGAGCCAAACACGGUGGAGAAGGUUUGUCUUCAGGCGUCGGAGCUGAUCAGCUGCGAGUGGUGCAGCGUCCGGAAACUUCCCGUCUUGUUCUUCCAGACAACUCCAGUCGAGUGCGUCCGCCUGCGCACGCAGCUCAACAUGGCCAAGGAGAAGGGAGCGCAUUGGUACGACUGCGCCGGGGACCAGUCGGAUGAGAAGUUCAUCGUUUUGAUCUUCGAGAACGGCCUGGCGAUGAAGGAGCAGGCCAUCCUGGAGGACAUCCUGGGCGAGAUCGGCCGGACCAACAACCUCAGCAACUUCCCCGCCAAGCUGCCCUUCGAGGAGGCCAACAUCCGCCUGGUCAACUACAACAAGGCGUCCAAACAGAAGGAGGAGAAGGAGAAGCCGAUACAAACCCCUCCCAAAAUCCCCCCAGCCUCCCCGGUGAGCCCGGUCACCAUGCCCAGUCGCACACGCAUGGCCACCCGUCAACACAACGCCGCCUACUUUGACGAUGAAGAGGAGGACAUGACGGACCUCCAGCCCACCUUCUCCGGACCAAUUGUCAAAUUAAUGGUGUACCCUCCUCCUCCAGCCAAAGGAGGCAUAUCGGUCACUAAUGAAGACCUCCACUGCCUUAAUGACGGAGAAUUCCUAAACGACGUUAUCAUAGACUUUUAUUUAAAAUAUUUAGUUUUAGAGAAAUUGAAAAAAGAAGAUGCACAAAGAAUCCACGUGUUCAGCUCCUUCUUUUACAAGAGACUAAACCAGAGGGAGCGGAGGAACGCUCCCGACACGACAAACCUGCCAAUCCAGAAAAGGAAGCACAACAGGGUUAAGACGUGGACUCGGCACGUGGAUCUGUUCCAGAAGGACUUCAUUUUCGUUCCCAUCAACGAGUCAGCUCACUGGUACUUGGCGGUCAUCUGCUUCCCGGGCCUCACGGCUCCGGUGUACGAGCCCAACCCGCUGCGCCACAGCGCCAACCCCCCGCCAGGGGAGGACAUCCCGGACCACUGUCGUCCUCUGUCCCCAGACAGAGACGAGCUGGACGGCUACUCGGAGGACCCGUCCCCCGGCGUCCCCGAGGCGCCCUCAGAGGGUCCGAGCGAGGAGAAUGCAGCCUGCACGGAGGGGGGGCCGGAGCCUUCCAACGCCACGGCAGCGUCGGGCAACGGCCAGGCUGACGCAGAGCAACACUACAGAAGUGAGUUGCACCGAAUCAGUGUUUGCUACGGUUCAGGAAAAGGAGAGGACGACACCUUCGCCUUCUCCGACGACCAAAGCUCCUGUCAGGACGAGUGCAGCGAGGACGGGACUCUGGCUGAAGACUCUGUGAGCUCUGACGCCUCGGCUCUGGCCUCCAAACUCAACAUCUGCAAACAGCCUUGUAUCCUCAUCAUGGACUCCCUGCGUGGUCCGGCCAGGUCCACUGUGGUGAAAACUUUGAGAGAGUACCUGGAGGUGGAGUGGGAGGUGCGUAAAGGGACUCAGCGGAGUUUCGGGAAGGAUGUGAUGAAGGGCUCCAGCCCACGUGUGCCUCAACAGGAUAACUUCAGCGACUGCGGAGUUUACAUCCUGCAGUAUGUGGAGAGCUUCUUCGAGAAUCCGAUUCCCAGUUUCCAUCUGCCGGUGAGCUUGUCCGAGUGGUUUCCUCAGCAACGGAUGAAGACGAAGCGCGAGGAAAUCAAGGAGCUGAUCCUAAAGAUCCAAGAGCAACAAGAACUGGAAAAGAAGGAGUCGGAGCGGCUCGGGGCUCCGCUCGGCUCUCCGCCCGGCUCUCCCGGAGAGCCGGAGAUCGAAGAGACUUCUGAGUGGUUGGGCCGGCCGCCAAGCCUACCCAUCAGCCCCUGAAAGCACCCUCACCCUCAUCCUCUUCCCCCGUCACUCCCAGGCCCAACCGGGGAGUGACGGGGGUGGGGAGGGACCUGAUUGUACGCUGGUUUAACUUCGACGUGUCUGAAAACGGUCCCUCGGCUCCCUCCAUUAACCACAGACAUCAAACACAACGUCAGAAUUUUCUAUCAAAUAAAAACCCAUGAACUGUAAAUAUGCUGGAGUUUUUCCCGCUGCCUUUGUAAUUUACCGUUUUAUGACUCAGUCAUGAAGUGGCCCCAUUAAGUUAUGUUUUCAUAGAUGUUCUUCUUCUCCAGGAGGAUCUGUGCAGAAGAUACUGUUGGUCUCUUGCAUCGUUAUUUUCUAUGCUUUCUAGUUGUGUAGAGGAAGACAAAAACAAUAAAACAA